AUGUCAAUAAAACAAAAUUUAAAAAAAACUUAUGAUAAUGACCUGGUUGAUCGAAGUAUUCUUUCAAAUUAUUCUGGAAGAUGGUAUAAUUUAGCUACAAAGGAAUGGGCAUAUGAAAAUUCUAAUAUCGAUAGUAAUUUGAAAAGUCAAUUUGCGUAUCACAAUGCUUCACAUGACAUUCAUUUGGCACGUAAUAUUUGGCGCGGUUUACGUCCAAAUAUUCCAGAAAACAUACCAAAGUUAAUUAAUGAAUUUAUUAAUAAAUGUUGGAAUGCUCAACAAGAUAAAAGACCAACUGCUAAAGAAAUACAUGAUACAAUACGUUCGUGGACUCUUUUAUUAAAUGAUAAAUCAACUGAAUUCUUCACACAAAUAAAGAAUGCUGAUGAAACACGUGAAAACUUUUUGGAAUCCGACACUUCAACACCAACUCAUUUUAUGAUGAAUCAUGUUAGCAGACGAUUUGAUUUUUUGCCACUCGGAAAUUAUACAAGUGACAAUGGUUAG